AACUUUCAUCAGCUGCACAAAAGUCAGCCUUAAGGACACAAUCGCUAUUAUCCUACCCGUUGGAUUCCAGUGUUGUCUUGAACUCAAGGAAUGACUAUUAUUGAAGGGUUUGGAUUAUGUGACCCUGAGGUUCUUUGCAUGGAUGUUGUUUCUACUAAUACAAUAAGUAGAUUAGCUGUAAAAUUCUGGUUACUUUUUUCCCCUUCUCUUGAACUGCACAUUUUUCUAGCAAGCCUUUUGAGUACAAUUUAGCAAAAUAUUUUUUCCCAGAAAUCUCUCCAAUGGUUUUAUACAUGGUUGGUAUAUUCUGUUCUUUGGCACUGAUAAUGCUGACAGUCCCCUGUAGAGGGUCUGCUGCUCUGAGAUGGGCUGUGAUGAACUCUGCUAUCAAGUUUAUUGAAUGAUAGCAAGCUUAAUUCAUUGCAGUGUUGUUGCAGCCUUAUGACAACUCUGUCUUCCCACAGUGAUUGUUCCGUGGAAAGAAGAUUCUUAGGUUACUGGUCCUCUGUGAGGAUGCCUCUGGCUUUUGCUGGCUAUCACAAGGCCCUCAGUCUUUGCCAGUGAGUGAGUCACAAAAAGAUAAGGCAGAACCUGAUGUUCCUGGCCUUUUCAUAUAGACAGGAAUGGUGUGACAUGUUUAAAAAACUGUGAGCAGCUGACACUACUUAGAACAAAAGUCCUGUCAUCAUUAAGAGUACUGAGAAAGAAUUGGAUUUAGCAAUAUUGAGACAGGUCUGUAAGAGAUUCUUAUUUCACACUGAAUCCAAAUUAAAGGCUAAGCUGAAAAUGGGCACUUCUUGUGCUCUGAAGCAUUCAGUGUAGUGACCCACAUUUUGUAGUGCUCAUCCAUUUUCUUACAGAUGCAGACUUGCAAACUUUUGGGGAAUACUUUGUUUGCUUUUCAGGUCAAGUGAAAUUAUUUGUAUACGAAACCAUGUCCCUUCUUGUCAAUUUCUCCAGGAACAGAUUUUCUCUGUAUUUUUCAUGGUUUUGAACAGAAAUGUCUUCAAAUAAAUUUGCAGGUUCAAAAGCAAUUGAAGUUUGCAUUUUAAUCAUGGUUAUUCCAUUACUUUGAACUCAGAAAAAGUAUUUGCCCUCUAUUGCAAUUAUAUCUGAGGUAGGUGGGUAGAGUGAGUCCCUUUCUUGGGGAAAUACAAACUCUUGCUGGGAAUGGCAUUCUAGCAUCUCCAAAUAAACAUCUCUGACAGCCAAGUAUUUCCAUGGGCUUUGGAUAAUUCAGAUACAGCAAAAAAGGGAUUAUGCUAAUUUUAAACCUGUUUGGUUGAAAUCAAUUUGGUUUGACAUAGCUUUUAACAGUAAUUCCAUAGAAGUUGUUCUUCUCAAUAAUGUUUAAUAGUGGCAUUUAUAGGUGCAUAUGUGGGCAAGAGAGAAGUAAAAUUGAGAUUAUAUUAAAGCUACUACAGGUCUAUAGUGGUUCUUAAAAUCAAUGUGACUGCAAGAAAAUCAAGAGAAGACAUUAAACAUAUUUGUGGAAUUUUGUGUAGGGUAGAGUCUGAAGGUGCAUUGAAGCUGAAGACCGACGUUGAUCACUUAUGAUUGUAUACAGAGUGAUCCAAACAAGCAACAACAACAACAACAACAACAAAAAAAAAAAAAAAAAAAAGGGGGGGGGGAAAUAGGAGAGGAACAAACCCUCUGUAUUUAGGAUGAGAAGCCAGUGGUGUUUAUAAAAGUUUCUCUCACUACCCUUAAUAAAAACAAUAAAAUACCAGGAAUAAUUUUUAAUGCAGUUUGCAUUUUUUUUAUGAAAAAGGCUUUCAGGCUUUGCAUAGCAGCCAAUCUGUGGGGCUUUUCCCCCUGCAUACUACUUUUGAAAAAAAUACAAAUAAAUAUGGAUGUCAUCUUAACUUCUUUUACACUUAAGCCAAAACACAGACUCAGAUUUCUGGGUUUUUUUCUGUUGAUGCAAAUGAAGGCAUAUAGCAAUGCAUUUUUAGAUAUCAUGCUCUGAAGCACCUGCCUUUGAACGUUUCUGGCCUUUGGUGAACAGGGACGAGAAAGCAAUUUAGCCUCUGCAGUUUUACGCAGACACAGGUGUAUUUUUAGGCUGUUUCACAAUGAGUAACACACUUGCAGCCCUUCUCUGGGUGGGGACUGGAACCUGCGGGCAGGCGAUGAAUGGCCAGCGCCAGACGCUCGCAGCAAUCACGGGCUGCGGUGCGUGUGCCGCCGCUGCUGCCCCCGGCGGCUCCGAGCCGCGCCGCUGGAGCGGGGCUCCUCGGGAAUGCUGGGAAUGUUGAGUCAGGGACUGGCAACCCAGACAGCCGGGCUCGCAGCUGACUGAGGGACACUCGCUGAGGGGCGGAAAGGCGAGGGACAGGGGCACACGAGCCUCCCCUGAUUGCAGCAGGUUCCUUCUCUUACCCCUCGCAGGUAUUCCGCGGCUCCGGCGCUCCCUGCUGCCUCCUUCCUCCGCGCAAAUGGGAUGCCGGCUAAACGUGAUGUUGUAAAAUCCGCGUGAGGACGAAAGGCAGAUGCAAUGAUUUGAAAGGUCUGCCUUUGGAGGAAAACCAGAUUUUACCUACAGGAAGAAUGCAGUGAAACUGCUGGUAUUUCUAGCUGGAAUUAUAAAUUUAAUACUCAACUUUAGUGUUACUAGUUUCUUAGUAAGUAGUACCUCAAAGUAGAAGAAAAAUGUAUGGAAGUGCAAGAACAAUCGGCAACUUGGAAGGAAGUCCCUCCAGGUCUCCCCGCUUGCCAAGGUCCCCUCGCCUGGGUCACAGGAGAACCAGCAGUGGGGGAGGAGGAGGGACGGGGAAGACGCUGUCCAUGGAGAACAUCCAGUCCCUUAACGCAGCCUAUGCAACCUCUGGACCAAUGUACCUGAGUGACCACGAGGGUGUAGCUUCUACGACUUUCCCAAAGGGCACAAUGACUCUUGGAAGGGCUACAAAUCGAGCUGUGUAUGGUGGCCGAGUCACAGCCAUGGGGAGCAGCCCCAAUAUUGCUUCUGCUGGACUGUCACACACAGAUGUCCUUUCUUACACUGACCAGCACGGAGGGCUGACCACAUCCUCACACCACCACCACCACCAGGUUCCUUCCAUGCUGAGACAAGUUAGGGAUAGCACCAUGUUAGAUCUGCAGGCUCAGCUUAAGGAUCUACAGAGGGAGAAUGACCUUCUCAGAAAAGAACUAGACAUUAAGGACAGCAAGCUGGGGUCCUCUAUGAACAGCAUCAAAACUUUCUGGAGUCCUGAACUAAAGAAAGAGAGAGUAUUGAGGAAAGAAGAAGCAGCCAGAAUGUCUGUUCUUAAAGAACAGAUGAGAGUUUCCCAUGAAGAAAAUCAGCAUCUGCAAAUGACAAUCCAGGCACUUCAAGAUGAGCUUAGAACCCAGAGAGACCUUAACCAUCUUCUCCAGCAAGAAAGUGGGAACCGAGGGGCUGAGCAUUUUACCAUUGAGCUCACAGAGGAGAAUUUUCGAAGACUUCAGGCAGAACAUGACAGACAAGCUAAAGAGCUCUUCCUGCUGCGAAAAACUCUAGAAGAAAUGGAGCUUAGGAUUGAAACACAGAAGCAAACACUAAACGCCAGAGAUGAAUCAAUAAAAAAGCUUUUAGAAAUGUUGCAAAGUAAAGGUUUGCCUUCUAAAGGAAUGGAAGAUGACAAUGAGAGAACUCGAAGGAUGGCAGAGGCUGAAUCUCAGGUUAAUCAUUUAGAAGUUAUUUUAGAUCAGAAGGAGAAGGAAAACAUGCAUCUCAGAGAGGAAUUGCAUAGAAGAACCCAACUUCAGCCUGAGCCAGCAAAGACAAAGGCUCUGCAAACAGUCAUCGAAAUGAAGGAUACAAAAAUAGCUUCACUAGAGCGCAAUAUAAGAGAUCUUGAAGAUGAAAUACAGAUGUUAAAGACAAAUGGAGUUCUGAAUACAGAGGACCGAGAAGAAGAAAUCAAACAAAUAGAAGUUUACAAGAGUCACUCAAAGUUCAUGAAAAAUAAGAUUGAUCAACUGAAACAAGAACUCUCAAAGAAAGAAUCAGAACUUCUUGCCUUACAAACGAAGCUUGAAACCCUUAGCAAUCAGAAUUCAGAUUGCAAGCAACACAUUGAAGUGCUUAAAGAGUCCCUUACUGCCAAAGAACAGAGAGCUGCCAUACUUCAGACAGAGGUUGAUGCCUUGCGGUUACGACUGGAAGAAAAAGAAACCUUUCUGAAUAAAAAAACAAAACAACUUCAAGACCUCACAGAAGAGAAAGGAACCCUUGCUGGGGAAAUUCGAGAUAUGAAAGACAUGUUGGAAGUAAAAGAAAGAAAAAUUAAUGUCCUUCAGAAAAAGAUUGAAAAUCUCCAGGAGCAACUUAGGGACAAAGACAAACAACUAACUAAUCUAAAAGACAGGGUGAAGUCACUGCAGACGGAUUCCAGUAAUACAGACACAGCACUAGCAACCUUAGAGGAAGCUCUAUCAGAAAAGGAAAGAAUAAUAGAGCGUCUGAAGGAGCAAAGGGAUCGAGAUGACAGAGAAAGACUUGAAGAAAUUGAAUCUUAUAAAAAAGAAAACAAGGACCUGAAGGAGAAAGUUAAUGCUUUACAAGCUGAACUGACAGAAAAAGAGUCUAGUUUAAUCGAUCUCAAAGAACAUGCAUCUUCAUUGGCAUCAGCAGGGCUGAAAAGAGACUCCAAACUUAAGUCUUUAGAAAUAGCCAUAGAACAAAAGAAAGAAGAGUGUAGUAAGUUGGAAGCACAGUUGAAAAAGGCUCAUGAAGCUGAAGAGGAGGCACGGAUGAAUCCAGAAUUUGCAGACAGAAUGAAACAACUUGACAAAGAGGCAUCGUACUAUAGAGAAGAAUGUGGUAAAGCCCAGGCUGAGGUUGACAGACUUCUAGAAAUACUCAAGGAAGUAGAGAAUGAGAAGAAUGACAAAGAUAAGAAAAUCGCUGAGUUAGAAAGACAUAUGAAGGACCAAAACAAGAAGGUUGCCAAUCUGAAGCACAAUCAGCAAUUAGAGAAAAAGAAGAAUGCACAGCUAUUGGAAGAAGUUCGUAGGCGAGAGGACAACAUGACUGACAACUCUCAACAUUUACAAGUAGAAGAGCUGAUGAAUGCACUGGAAAAGACUAGACAAGAAUUAGAUUCUACGAAAGCCCGUCUUGCCUCAACACAGCAGUCUUUGGCUGAAAAAGAAGCUCAUCUGGCAAACCUGAGAAUAGAGCAAAGGAAACAGCUUGAAGAAAUUCUAGAAAUGAAACAGGAAGCUUUGCUUGCUGCAAUUAGUGAAAAAGAUGCAAAUAUUGCCUUGCUUGAGCUGUCUGCUUCAAAGAAAAAGAAGACUCAAGAUGAAGUAAUGGCUCUUAAACGAGAGAAGGACAGAUUAGUACAUCAGUUAAAACAGCAGACACAAAACAGAAUGAAGCUGAUGGCAGAUAACUAUGAUGAUGACCAUCACCACUACCACCACCAUCACCACCACCAUCACCAUCGAUCUCCUGGGAGGACACAACACAACCACAGGCCCUCUCCGGAUCAGAAAGAGGAGAAGGGAAUUAAGGACUGGCUGUCUUGGUUUGGUUCUGUUUCUGAUGAACAGAGGGCUUUCCAAGCGUGCAGAAGCAAGAAGGGAGGGUCCAGACGCAGCGAGAACAGGAACGGGUUUAUUAACACAACCAGGAACCAGACGAUCUGA